UUUCGACCAUCGACGACUUCUUGAUCGCAAUCACGACAAAACGACAAAAUGGCGAUCAAGCACAACCAGCAGAUCCCACACAACCGUAAGGAUUUCUCUCAUGUCUGCAUUCAAUUGAGUACUAAAUUCUAGCUAGAUUUCCGAAAGGAUUGGCAGCGACGAGUCCGCGUCCACUUCAACCAGGUAAAUCAGCCCAAGAUGGAAUCGCAGAUGGACAAGCAGAGGAGAAUCUAACUUGGAAUCGAUAGCCCGGACGAAAACUCAGACGCCGCAAUGCUCGUCUUGCAAAGGCCUCAGCUGUCGCACCACGACCAGUCGACAAGUUGAGACCUAUUGUUCGAUGCCCAACACUCAAGUACAACCGCCGCGUACGAGCUGGACGUGGUUUCACCUUGACCGAGUUGAAGGUAGGAAAUUUGAGGACAUCAUAGAUCGCGAAGGAAUCGGAUUCUAACAAAAACCACAGGAAGCUGGUAUCCCCCGCAAGCUCGCACCAACAAUCGGUAUCUCCGUUGACCCCCGCCGCCAAAACCUCUCCACCGAAUCCCUCGUUGCCAACGUCGACCGCCUAAAGGCUUACCGUGCCCGCCUCAUUCUCUUCCCCCGCAAAGUCGGUCAAUACAAGAAGGGUGAUGCCACCAAGGAGGAGGUAUCCGGCGCCAAGAACACUCUCUCAAGCGUCCGAUCCGGUCUACCAAUCGUCAACGUCGAGGCCGGUUUCUCAGAAAUCAAGAAGGGUGAUGUUCCAUCAGCUAUCGAGGGCGGUGCUUUCAGAAAGCUUAGAGUAUCAAGAAGCGACCAAAGAAACGCAGGCAAGCGUGAGAAGCGGGCAAGAGAGAAGGCUGAUGAGGCUGCCGCAGCUAAGAAAUAAAUGGCUUGAUUUUCUCUGGGGUCUCUGUUUUCGCGUCGAUUUUGCUGGAUGGGUGAGGGUUACAUUGGCAUCUUACUGGCUUGCUUAGGUGUACUUUCAUGAAUGCAAACGACUAUGCACAACUUCCAUAUUUGGGACAUGAAUUCAUUGGAACUGUGAGAGCUAUGGAAGCCAUGUGAGGGACCGAAUCUGGGGUGAAAAGUAUCUUUUUUCAUGAUAAUAAAAACAUGGGCCGUGGCAAUGGUGUAUUUGGUGUAUUCGUCGUUUUCACCUCAUUGAGGGUAAUGAGAAAAUUAACAAAAAAGUGCCU